GUGGGUGGGGGAUAUAAAUCGCUUGUCCCUUUAAUUUCAAUUUCCGUGCGUGAUAUUUAUCGUGAUCACCUGUCAGAUGCGGCGCAUGCGCACCAGGGUAGGAGGCGGAGUGCAGGGCUGUUCGCUCUGGAGCUGCUGCCCUGCGUGCCCCCCAUCCCGCGGCGACAGACGCACGGACUCGGAGCGGGUGUAAACGCAGAGCUGUGGGGAGGAUGGGGACCCCGACGAGCCACUAGAAACGGAAGUCAGAUGUAGAUGCUGAACCUGAGGAGAGCCCUGGGAGCAGCAGCAGCGGCAGCAGCACAAGCAGCAGCAGAGGGGCCAUAGAUGCCCUCUCCACAGGUGCGGCUCCAGCCCACGCCUCUGCCGGAGGUGCAGUGCAGAGGGGGGAAGGCUUUUCCUCUGACUCUGACAGUUCCUUAGAUUCCAGCACUGGUGAGGAGGAGGAGGAGGAGGAGGAAGACGACCCAGCUAUGUUCUCUUCCAAGUUUCUUAGUGGGGCUAACCCCUUGAGUGCUGUGUCUUCGGCUGUGAAUAAGUUUGGCUUGUUCGGAGAUGAUGGAGAGGGAGACAAGAAACAGCAGCCUGGAGGAGGUCCUGGCAAAGACUCUCAGCAACAGCAAAGCUUCCAAAAACCAGGCCAGGGACCCUCUAUGCAAAAGUCCCAACCUACUUCAAAACAAGGACCACCACAGCUGCACAGAGAUAAACAGACUGAACCCAAAAGCAAGCCUGUGGGGCAAGCACAGAGCUCGAAUACAGGGACAGAGCCUCUCCCAAAGCAGCCCAAGGCUCCACAGCAGCAAGGUUCUGCUAAGCCUGGAGGUCAACAACAAGCUGCGGCUAAGAGUGGAAUACAAGCAGAAUCUACAAAGGUGUCACCCAAACCUAACAUGCAGCAAAAUCCUUCAAAAGCUGGUGUGCAGCAAAAAGAUUCUACAAAGACAGGAGCACAAGGGGAAACAAAGGUUGGGGCACAAGUGGGGCAGCAACAACAGACUUCAUCUAAGGUGGGGCCGGAAAAAGAAGCCAUCAGGGCAGCGCCUCAGCAGCCGCCCUCUGAUAAACAGCACGAGGUAAAGCGAGCAGGUACACCUGACCUAAAGUCGUCCGGAGCAGCAACCAACGCCAGAUCUCAGUCAAAAGCUCAACCGCGGUGUCCUGUGUGUAACACAACAGAACUCAAUGUGCACAGCAAGGAGCCCCCAAACCACAGAACGUGCACACAGUGCAAAAGUGAGGUGUGCAGCUUGUGCGGCUUCAGUCCUCCUGACUCUGAUGAUCAGGAGUGGCUUUGUCUUACCUGCCAAGUACAGAGGGCUCAGGGAGCUUCUUUGUCACCAGGACCUUCUACAAAAAAAACCUCACCUAACACAGUUUCUGCUCCACAAAAGCAAACUGAACCUGCCAGAAAAGGAACAUCAGUGCCAGGUUCACCUCAGAAAGUGCAGUCUAAAACAACAAAUGGGCCAGCCAAAGAUGGAGCUGCUAAAGCGCCACAAAACCCAAAACAUCCAAGUCCAGGGCCGCCUGCUCAGAAAACUACUCCUAACACUCAGAGGAAAGGAGGUUCUCAGCAACCACAACAGACUAGUCAGACUGGACUAAAACAAGGUGGGGCAGCAAAAGGUCCUCAGCAGGAAUCAGGGGGUUUGUUUGGUUUUACUGGUGCUAAAACUGAACCCCCAAAGGCAGAGGACUCCAUGACUGGGAAGAUGUUCGGUUUUGGUUCCUCCAUUUUUAGCUCUGCCUCUACCUUGAUAGCCUCUGCUGUUCAGGAUGAAGCUAAAGUCACACCACCAGUUUCUCCUAAAAUGCAGCCCACAAAAGAGACCAAAUCGUUGACUGACCAAGAUUCGGAGCAAGACAGAAAACAGAAACAGCAGGCAAAGUCUCCAACUGCAGUGCAGAGCAAAAGUGAAACGUCUACGCCAGAGGCUGCAAAGAUGACAGUCUCCCACAAUGCUUCAAAGGGAGGCCAGUCCACCUGUCCAAUAUGCAACAUGGUGCUGAAUGUGGGCUCUAAAAAUCCCCCCAACUACAACAAGUGUACUGAAUGCAAGGGUACAGUUUGUAACCAGUGUGGAUUUAACCCCAUGCCAAAUGUCAAAGAGGGUAAGGAGUGGCUUUGCUUAAAUUGUCAAGUGAGACGAGCAGCAGGAGGAACUGACCCUCAGAAAAACCCUUCAAUGCCACUUGAAGUUAAAAAGACUGAAGCACAACCUUCGCCUCAGAGGACAUCCAUACCAGGCUCCCCCCAGACAAAGUUAUCAAUGCGAGCAACACAAGCAGUCAAGGAGGAAGGAUCAGACAGUCAAAAACAGACCAGCCCGGCUCCUCCCAAGAAAACACCCCUGGAGAACCAUGAGAAGGAACCAGAGAAAGGACGAGAUCAGGCAGUUCCAACUACACAAAUGAAGGAAAAUGUCCAAUCUAAAUCGUCAGGAGGCUUAUUUGGUUUUGGUAAUGUUAAAAAUCAAACUGAUGCUUCAAAGCCUGUUGAGUCUGUGACUGGAAAAAUGUUUGGGUUUGGAAACUCCAUUUUUAGCUCUGCAUCCACUUUGAUUACUUCAGCAGUUCAGGAUGAAUCUAAAGCGACUCCGCCGGUUUCUCCCAAGAUGUCUCCCAGGAAAGAUUCAAAAUCUCCCACUGUGAAGAAAAAAGAACCAGAAAAGAAACCCCAGCCAUCGCAGCAACCCACAGGUCCCUCACAGAGGCUGCCAAAAGAUGGAAAACCUCCAUCUGAAAAGCCAAAGACAACUCCAGAUUUGCCAUUUGUACCCAAAGCAAGUCAGUCUACCUGUCCUCUUUGUAAAGUGGAACUUAAUGUAGACUCAAACGAAAGUCCCAACUACAACACCUGCACCGAGUGCAAAAACACUGUAUGUAACCAGUGUGGAUUUCAGCCCAUGCCAAAUGUUAAAGAGGUGAAGGAAUGGUUAUGUCUCAACUGUCAGAUGCAAAGAGCACUGGGAGCAUCUGAGCCUCCAGGAACCCCCAUGAUGAAACUACAGGCCUCGCCGAAUAAAGUCUCCGCCCCUGCCAGUUCUAGGAAGAAAGAAACUCCACCGCAACAAAAAGACAUUCCAACAUCUGUGAAAUCCAAGGAAAACUCACCAAUAGGUUCUCCUCAGAAGAGAACUCCCCAACAAGGCCAGACGAAGGAUUCUCAGAAACUACCAGACCAAACAAGUUUAGCAGGUUCUCGAAAGAGUAGCACGGCAUCAACUUCCGAGCAUGCAACUGGAGGCUUAUUAAAUUUUGGUCCCAAAGUUGUGCCUGAUGAUGCAAAAUCUGCUGAAGCAGUUGGUGGAAAAAUGUUUGGCUUUGGAUCUUCUAUCUUCAGUUCUGCAUCCACUUUGUUAACCUCAGCGGUUCAAGAUGGAUCCAAAACAACACCACCAGUCUCACCCAAAAUGUCAGCUGCAAAAGGAGUCAAAACUCCUCCAGUUCAGAAACAUGAACAGGAGAAGAGCACAGAAGAACUUCAGCCACCUAAGUCUUCUCACCUGGUACAAGCAAAAGUUGAAAAAGGACCACAAGAGUCUCUGAAAGAUGCUGCGGGUCAAAAUGUGCCUGAUGCUGCAAAAUCUGCUGAAGCAGUAGGUGGAAAAAUGUUUGGCUUUGGAUCAUCUAUCUUUAGUUCUGCAUCCACUUUAUUAACCUCAGCGGUUCAAGAUGGAUCCAAAAUAACACCACCAGUCUCACCCAAAAUGUCAGCUGCAAAAGGAGUCAAAACUCCUCCAGUUCAGAAACAUGAACAGGAGAAGAGCACAGAAGAACUUCAGCGACCUAAGUCUUCUCCAGUGGUACAAGCAAAAGUUGAAAAAGGACCACGAGAGUCUCUGAAAGAUGCUGCGGGUCAAAAUCCUUCUCAGAAAAGUCAGUCUUCCUGCCCAUUAUGUAAGACUGAGCUUAACCUUGGCUCGAAGGAUCCUCCCAACUAUAACCAAUGCACUGAAUGCAAGAAUACUGUCUGCAAUCAAUGUGGAUUUAAUCCGAUGCCAAAUGUGUCUGAGGUGAAAGAAUGGUUAUGUCUGAAUUGUCAAAUGCAAAGAGCUCUCAGUGCAUCUGAACCAUCAAGACCUUCUCUAAAACCAGAGACUGGAGUAAACAAAACAUCACCUUCUGCUGUUCAUAAGAAAAUACCCUCUCCUAGUCCAGAGGAAAGCUUUAAAAAGCAAUCACAGACAUCCAGUAUUGGUAAAGAAGCUAUAUCUCCGGAUCCAUCUCAAAAGAGGUUGAGCUCUGCACCAGGUUCUCCUCAAAUAACAAAAGGUGCAGCAGCACCAUUAGCAUCCAAGGAUACCAAACAACUGCACGAGGAACCACAAGCUGGCCAAAAGACUUCAACAGAUAUUCAGGGGAAAUUAGGUAAUCAGACACCAACUAAUGAGUCACAUCAACCUGACCUAAAACCCAGCAAGAUCUCACCUUUUGCACAUGCAGAAGAGCCAAGGAAACCUCCUGUUAUUGGUGGGCAAGAGUUCUCUAAAACAACAGAAUCAAUAAGUGGAAAAAUGUUUGGCUUUGGAUCCUCUAUUUUCAGCUCAGCAUCUAGUUUGAUAUCUGCUGUUCAAGAAGAUUCACGGACUACGCCUCCAAUCUCUCGUAAAAUGUCUGCACCGGCACAAGCUUCUGCCAAGAUUUCUCCCAAAAGUACUCCUCCAAUUUCACCAAAAUCCUCACCUGCAAGAGGGCCAAAACUGACAUUUCAAAAAGCAGAGCAAGAAAAAAUUCCAGAUGAAAUCCAUCAGAACAAGAAGGACACUGCUUCUUCACAGCCAGUAACCUUGGGAACAGUCGCUCAAACAAGUCCUGACAAAGGUCAGAACAGCUGCCCGCUGUGUAAGGUCAAGAUGAAUAUUGGCUCCAAUCAACCUCCCAACUACAACACUUGCACUGAAUGCAAGAACAUUGUUUGUAACCAGUGUGGAUUCAACCCUAUGCCUGCUGGAGAGGUAAAGGAGUGGCUCUGUCUUACAUGUCAGAUGAAAAGGGCAGUUGGACCUUCUGAGCCUCCAGGACCUCCAAGUACGAAGUCUCAGGUGUCCUCAAAUAAGGUUCCUGUUUCUACUAAAGUUGAUGCAAAGGAACAGAAAAUGUCUCAGUCAGGGGAGACGCAACUCAAAAAACAGUCAACAUCCUCAGGCAAAAUUGAUCUUGUUGCAGCUCCACUUAAAACUCAAAGCCCGACGCUGAGUCAGAAGACAUCACAAGAUAAACCAAAAACAGCUCAAGAGAAACUGCCUGAUCAAGCAAGCCAACAAGGACGUAAGCAGAGUAUUGCUCCCACAGAAACACAGACGCAGUCUGGACGCUUAGUUGAUUCUAAACCUCAGCCUGAAGCUGCGAAGGCUACAGAAUCCGUUAGUGGGAAGAUGUUAGGCUUUAGUUCUUCCAUUUUUAGUUCCGCAUCUACUUUGAUAACCUCAGCAGUUAGGGACCAGCAAAAAACGACUCCACCUGUUUCUCCUAAGAUGAGCCCUGCAAAGGAGUCCAAACGUCCUGGUGCUCAGGAAGUAGAGCAACAAAAGAAAGUAGAAUCCCCACUUCAGGCAAAAAGCCAACCACCUGUAGAACCAAAAGCAGAUCAGACCAAGUCCUUGGCUUCUCUGGAGGCAGAACAAAAAGGGAAAACAAAGCUAUCAUCUGACCCAAAGACACUUCCGUCAGACCACGCCAAAGCAAAUGAAACUCCAGCGGCGUCUCCCAAGCCUAAAUCCCCUAUCCAGAGGUCAGUCAAGUCAGACAAAUCCUGUCCACUCUGUAAGAUAAAACUUAACAUUGACUCAAAUGACCCACCAAAUUACAACACCUGCACUGAAUGCAAAAGCACUGUCUGUAACCAGUGUGGAUUUAACCCUAUGCCAAAUGAAGCAGAGGACAAAGAAUGGUUGUGUCUGACAUGCCAGAUGCAGAGAGCCAUGGGAGAAACACUUUCCCCAGGAGUCGCCCCUGUUAAACCUCAGAUUUCAACAAAACUCAUAACAGACAGCACAGAUAGAUCUAAGGUUGAAAGGAAAGAAACAUCAACACCACAAUCUCCACAAAGAAAACUGUCUGCAGCAGCUCAACCUCCUGUGACAGAGGUACCUAAUAGGCCCUUGGUUCAGAAACAGGCCAGUCCAGGUUCUUACCCAAAAAAUACAAAGGAUACUCAAAAAACACAGGAUCCCAGCAAAUCCCCAGUCCAAACAAGGCAAAGUGAACACAAACCGAUUGCCACUACUGCUCCACAGAAAGAUUCUGGAGGCUUAUUCGGUUUUAGCAGUGGCAAAGCCAAGUCUGAUUCUGGAAAGCCAACAGAAUCUGUAACUGGAAAAAUGUUUGGCUUUGGUUCCUCCAUUAUCAGCUCUGCAUCCAACUUGGUGACCUCCACAGUUCAAGACCAGCCCAAGACCACUCCACCAGUUUCUCCUAAAAUGCCCCCUGCAAAAGACAUGAAAUCUCCAGCCCAUGAAAAGAAAAAAACAGAACCACCUCAAAAGACAAAGACACCCCCAGCUCUACUGGCCAAAGCAGCUCCAUCAGAACCUCCAAAGACUGGAGAAGCUUCUGUCAAACCAGCCCCUUCUAUCUGUCCUCUCUGUAAGGCUAAACUCAACAUGGGGUCCAAAGAUCUGCCCAACUUCAGCACUUGUGAUGAAUGCAAGAACACUGUGUGCAACCAGUGUGGAUUUAACCUUAUGCAAAAUGAAUCUGAGACAAAAGAGUGGUUGUGUCUGACAUGUCAGAUGCAAAGAGCCCUUUCAGCAACAGAACCAGCUCAGCCUUCACCGGUAAAACCUUUGACGUCAGCCCAAAAAGUGUCGACCCCUUCUUCUUUUAAAAAGGCUCCCUCAAACCAACACAUGAAAGAAUGCAAAGUUCAGGAAGAAGGUGAUUCUAAAGAGAAAAAUGAGGACAGUCUAGCACAAAAUAGAGUAUCAAAGACAGCAGACAGUACUGUUGCUACAGGACUAACAAAACAUAAGGAGUCUAGUUUACCACCAUCUAAAGACGUUCCAGGGAUGGAGCCUAUUGUCGCAGACCAAGCAUCCUCUAUGAACCAAGAUGAUACAACUUUAGAUGAGAACAAAGAUAACCCUGAAGAUGCAGAUGUAUCAAAAAAGAGAAAAGAUGAGGAUGAAACGAUUUUGAAAUCAGCCGAACUGGUUGCCAAAUCCUUGAAGGAAGUGCAGCUACAAAAGGCCCAAGUAAACGAAGAGCCACACCAAGCCGAAAGUGCUCCAUUGGCAGCAGAGCUAGAAAAGGCUAAGAGUCCUCCACCAGAAGGGAGCCAAGUUACAUUAGAGUUGGCAAAUGUAGAUGUUUUCCAAGCUGCGCCCAAAGUGCAACAGUCUCUGUGUCCGCUCUGUAAGGUAGAACUUAAAAUUGACUCCAAAAAUCUUCCCAACUUCAACACCUGCACUGACUGCAAAACCACGGUGUGCAACAAGUGUGGAUUUAGUCCACUGAAUAAUGUGACAGAGGUGAAGGAAUGGCUAUGUCUAAACUGCCAGAUGCAGAGAGCACUUGGAGCUUCUGAACCUCCAGGUCUUCCUAUGAUAAAACCACAACCUUUAACAAGCAAAGAGGUCCCUAUAACUGCAGAACCUCCGGCAUCCCCCAAAAUAAAGGCAAAUUCUUCAACAAGCAAAGAAGUUACUGUAGAACCCCCAACAUCCCCAAAAAUAAUGACAAAGCCUCCUCCAACCAAAGAGGUCCCUGUUACUGUGGAACCUCCAGCAUCCUCAGAAAUAAAAGCACAGCCUUCAACAAACAAAGAGGUUCAUACCACUAAAGACAAGAAAGAAGCUCCAAUUCCAGCAUCUCCGAAAGACAUCCCUUGGUUGAACAAGUUGCCUAACGUUCCUAUAAUCCCAGCUAAAGAAACAGCUGUAACAACACAGAAGGCUGCCCCUGCAGCUGCUUCAGUGCUUGAUAAAACUGUUUCAUCUGCUGACACAAAGACCAGUGCUGCACUUUCUUUACAAAAGCCAUCUUCAGAGACACCCAAAGGAGACAUUGCUGCACCUCAGCAACAGGCUUCACAACUUCCCAAAAAUACCUCUAACCCUACUGCAACACCAGAUUCAGAGGCUAAAAAGCAAACUUUACAACAGCCUCCGGGAGCUGUUUCUUCAGAUAAAACUGCUUCUCCAUCUAAACAACAAACUGAAAAACAGUUACCUAAAUCUGGUACCUCUCCAAUAAAAUCAGUGCCACCAUCAGUUCAAGGAGGAAAACAAGAUUCUGGGAGCUUAUUUGGUUUUGGUGGACCUAAAAAACAGCCUGUACAAUCUGGAGAGUCUGUGACGGGAAAGAUGUUUGGCUUUGGUUCAUCUUUCUUAAGCUCUGCAUCUAAUUUGAUAUCAUCGGCUGUCCAAGAUGAAUCUAAAACUACACCACCAAGCCCACGCAAGAUGUCCACAACAGGUAAAGUUUCUCCUAAAGCUACACCUCCAGCUUCUCCAAAAACAUUGCCCACAAAAGACACCAAGCCACCUCCUGUGCUGAAGGCUGAGGAGAAACCAGAAAAACAACAACAGGAAAAGAGACCUUCAAAAGAACAAGUCAAAGUAGACAAAGCAUUGUCAGACACUCCUAAAGUAAUAGUAGACAACAAGCAUCCUUCAAAGACAGAACAGUCUCUCUGUCCACUUUGCAAGAUCAAACUCAAUAUGGACUCAAAAGAUCCUCCUAACUACGACUCUUGCACAGAAUGCAAGACUACUGUGUGCCUCCAAUGUGGGUUUAAUCCACUCCCGGAUAUGUCUGAGGUAAAGGAAUGGCUUUGCCUAAAUUGCCAGAUGCAGAGAGCUUUGAAAUUAUCUGAGUCCACUGGACCUGCAACACAGAAACCUCAGCACUUGGUCAGUUAUGUUUCUCAACUUCCAUCUGAAGAGAAGGAAAAGCCUGGAGCACUUAAAGCGCCCCAGAAAGACCAAGACAAAGUUGAUCAGAAGACGGAGCCUUUAAAUGCCAAGGGUCCAUUAUCAAUGCCAAUUCAAAAAACUGUAACACAACCAGGUACUGAGUCAAAGGCUCGGUUGCUUUCAGAUGCUAAACUAGGCUCAAGCAUCAAUGUGGCUGGCCAGCAGCAGAUAGCUGGGAAACACCCUCAGGUAGACGUUUCUCAAACUGAAAAAACAGAGGUAAAGCCAGGUGUUCCAAAACAAGAGCCUAGCAAAGUACCACAGCAACCCAUAAAACCCGUGACCCAGCCUGUCAAAUCUCCAUCAACAGCUCAGCCUGUCAAACAAGAAUCUGGAAGCUUCUUUGGCUUUGGUACCCCAAAAACGCAGCCUGUGGCCGCAAAGUCUUCUGAAUCGGUGACUGGAAAAAUGUUUGGUUUUGGUUCAUCUUUCCUCAGUUCUGCAUCAACACUGAUAUCCUCAGCUGUUCCAGACGAGCCUAAAGUUACCCCUCCUACUCCAAGGAAGAUGUCCAUGACAGCUCCCGUCUCUCCUAAAGCAAUGUCCCCGGUAACACCUGCUAAGGGUACCAAGCCACCUGACACAGCUAAAGCGAAGCCACCUCAUGGAACUGAGCUUCCUCAAUCAGCUCUGGAAAAAGUAGCCUCGACAGAAGUGAAAAGAACUUCGCAGGAGCCCCCAAAAUCCACAAAUGAAGUAAAAGCUGCUCCCAAGAGAGAUUUGUCAAACUGCCCUCUUUGCAAAGCUGAGCUCAACAUCGGAACCAAGGAUCCUCCAAAUUACAACACGUGCACAGAAUGCAAGAACACUGUCUGCAACCUUUGUGGAUUUAACCCCAUGCCCCACACAGCAGUGAAGGAAUGGCUGUGUUUGACCUGCCAAACAGAAAGAACUUUAACAGGACAGCUGGGAGAUACUGGAAAAGUACCAAUGUCCUCCAAGCUAGAAACCCAAGCAGCACCCACUACAGAAAUGGCAGAUGAUAAAACUGUAACUGUGAAAGCAGAGCCCACACCUAAAGCCGCAAAGCAGGAACCUUUACCUGCUCCUAAGGAGUUAGUCCAGAUGGAUCCCCCUUUAAAAGAAAUAGAACCUGCCAAGCUGAAAUCAAUGGAGACUGAACCUUCCCUCAAAACAGAGGUCUUACCAGAUCAGGCAGAAAGAGAUUUUUUGGCAGUAUCUAAAGGAGAACCUUCUACUGUGGAAAUAACCCAGAAGGAGGAAAAAACCUCUGAAGUACACCGGCAACAAGAUUUUACAACUGCAAAGAUUGAAAUGAAAAAAUCUGAGAGCGAAGACGACAUUAACAAAGCUCAAAACAGUACGUGUGGCCAUUUAGAAUCUGGAGAGGAAAAAGAUGCACCUAUAAGUUCAACUUUUGAAGAGAACGAGGAUUCAAAAGUACCCAUAUCCCCUAUUGAUUCGGAAGUGGUAGGUUAUGAAGUUGCUGCACAAGCUGAAACAAAUCCAGCAUACUCGCUCCCUGAAAGUGUAACUAAGGAAGUGAAGUCUGAUGAACCUGGACCUCUAAUGAAAACAACAGAGCAUGCACAGAUUUCACAGCAAGUUAAUCCACAUGCAAUAUCAGAAGAAGAAAAGCUAGAAGUGGAAAUGGAACCAGUUGCAGAAAUGACUAAAAGGAGUUUGAAGGUAAAGGAUCAAGAGGAAACCACUGGAGCAUCUAAGGAGGAGAGACAUGUUGCUGUAACUGCUGAAAAGAUUCAAAGCAACGAUUUAGUUGACCUUGGUAAAACAAUUAACAGCAAACCAAUAACAAAGGAGAAAGAGCAUGAUGAUGAUGAUCAGCCCCAGAUUUUACCUGUAUUACAAGAUCUAAGUGAGGAACAGUCAAAUUAUACGUGUGAAGUUGAUGAAAGCAUGGAUGUGCCUAUGAUAGUAAAGGAGGUUAAAACCGAGCGAAGACGCCUAAGUUUCCAAGCAAUGGAGAAAAGUGAAAGUGAACUCACAGCCUCCCCUUCCCCUGAUCUCCAAAAACGUGUCAUAAAGGUUAGCACUAUUACAUCUAGCAGUGAGGACAUAAAAACUGAAAGUGCUGACUCAUCUAUAGACGAUGAUGAGUUUAUUCGCAAGCAGAUAAUUGAUAUGGGAGAUGAUGUUGAAAUGUCCGUAUCAGAGGAGGAGAAAGAAAAAAGUUUGGAAAUGGUCUAUGCCAUCAAGCCACUUGAGCUUGAUAAUGCUUCUAUGACCGUCAGACCUCUCUCUCAAGACACAAACAAUGAAGAAACUCAAGCCACACAAGAAUACUUCACAAAAGCUGAAACAAUGCCCAAACCUACUUUUAAGAAAGCCAUACCAGUUAUACGUCAAAGACAAAGCACUGAUGAAGAAGUAGAAAGCAUAACAGAAUCUCUCUCAAAGGGAUCUUCUAGUAUUCAGGCAUCUAGUUUUACCCCAGGAUCUUCACCUACAUCUGCCUCAUCUCUAGAGGAAGACAGUGAUGGUAGUCCUAGGAAAAUCAGUGGGGAUAAGUUGUAUCAUAAAGGUAAGCAUAAGCAGCCUGCUCAUUCUCUUCCCACCAUUGAAGACUCUUCUGAGGAAGAGAAGAUGAAAGCGCAAGGUCGAUUCAUCUCUCCACAUGGAGAUGCUUCUUCCACUGAAGAUUUAAGAAAAGGCACAGAUGAAAGUCUGAAAACAUCUGAUUCUGACUACUCUGUCAGUGUAGAAUCUGAAGCGGAGACAGGAAGAGCUGUACAAAGAGGGCAAAAACCAUCACCAACAGUCAUACCAUAUUCACCAUCUGAUCCUUUUCAGCAAACUGAGACAGUUACAAAAUCCCUAAAAAGUGCUGAAGAAACAUAUGAAGAAAUCUUACAGAAAGCAAAAGCCAUUCCAGGAGAGAGUCCUGACAUUGAGCCUCUCUAUGGAGGAAUGGCAAUAGAGGACUACCUUUAUGAAUCUUUAGUUGAAGAGCCUGAAAUCAAUUUGAUUCAAUCUCAAGAGGAAGAAUUUCAAAAUGAUUCUAGUUCUCAGUCUCUCAAAAAACUAAGGUCUCCAGAAGAAGUUUAUGAAGAAAUGAUGCAGAAAAAGAAAGAACUUUUGAUGAUCGAAGAAGAAUUUCAACAGACUCAGUCUGCCGUGGAAUUUUCUUCAUCAGAUGCUUUGGCCUGUGGUACUCCUUCAGCAGCAGAAACAUGUGUGGUAACCAUGCCUACGGAAGAGAAGCAGACUAUUGAACAAACUGAACUUCCUCAUUUAGUCAUGGACACUUUAAGCGAACUGCCAAUGAAAAAAAAGAAACGGCCUGCUCCCCCUCGUCCUUCUGAACCACCUAAGCGAUCUGAAGGAGCAGUAGUUCCACCAAGCACUCACAGUGGAUCUAUAAGUUUUGUAAGGCCCAUGGUUCCCUUAGAUCCUGCACUCAGAAAAGCACUAUUCCCAAUACCUGACCUUAAAAUUACUCAGUGCUCAUCAGGAGAAGAAGAGGAUGAUAGUCUUGUGGAUGAGUAUACAAUAGGUAUUUCCUCUGACAUUACUCCCAGUGACGACUCUGAGUCAAAAGAGGAUCAGAGCAUUAGUCCACCUUUGUCUGAAACCAUUGAGAUGGAGCCAAUAUGUGUGGUUUGUGAAAUUCCAGAACCAAAGCCAAUUCCUGCUCCAAUAUCAGCCCCAGAACUAACAACAACACCCUCUCCUGUGUCACCAGUUUCACCACCAACUUCACCAGCCACCCCAGAUUCCAGUUUGGUGUCUAAUGAAACAUCUUCAUCUCCAUUUCAGGCUCAGACACCACUUUCAUCAGAUUCAACUCCACUAUCUACACCAACACCUCAAACUUAUUUUAAAGACCAGUCACAUGCAGAAGUGGCACCUCCGUUUUCUGAAAAAGUUGCAACUUUACCAACAAGUGAAAAUGAAAUGCAUUUCCAUGGUCCAACAACUGUUGUAGUUGCAAUACCAGAUGUAGUGUCUGAUCCAGCCAAACCAACAACUGAUGUAACUAAAGUUGAGGCUACAACAAGUCAAGAUAAAACUCCUACUCUCAAAGAGACAUGGACUCAGCCACCCGUUGUGGUUCAAAUGCCAGACUUAGUUUCAUCGCCCUCUCAGGUACCAUUUGAUGUCCCAACUGCCUUACAUGUCUCAGUACCAAGUCCAGCACUUGUUGUUGUCUCAGCUCAGUCUGCUACCCAAGUUACAGCUCCAUCUGUUGUUCCCUCAAUUUCAACUUUAGUUGGUGAUGUCUCCUUUCCAGUCACUGUGGUGUCAUGCCCUAGGCCUGUCAUAGUCCAGAUGCCUGACCUUGUUUCAACUACUGCUUCGAUUGCUUCAGAAACCCCACAUCCAAUCUCAGCCCUUAUAAGUAGCCCAAUUCAAGCCCAAACUAGAGUGGUACAUUCUGUCCCUGUACAAUCAGCCAUUCCUUCAAUGAGCCCAGUUAUAGUCCCUGCAAAGGGUCAUGUUGACGAGUUACCACAGCCAGUUCCAGCAUCAACUACAGUUAUAAAAAAGAAAGUCCCGCCUCCUCCUCCCCCUCGAUCUACUUCAGUAUCUUUAGCAGAGUCUGCUAAAAACAAAGCUAUGAUAAAGACAAUCGAUGUUACAGCAACUACAUCAUCUCUGGAAACUACAACCGCUAUCCUGCCAUUGCAAUCUGUAGUUGUAGACAUACAACCAAGAAUGGAUGCUAUAAAACAAGAUGUUGCAUCUGUACCUCAAGUAAUAACUUCAGCCAGACAGGAUCAUGUAGUUAUCAAAGUGCCAAGUGUUGAAAACAGAUGCGCUGAUAUGCAGACUACACAAGAUUGGGUUGGCAUAGACAAUACAGGACUCAUAUCUACACCUCAUCUUCAAAGUCAAAUAACCCCACAACUUGCUCCUGACAUGCCCACUACAGUUAUAUCCCCACCAUCUUCUAAGUUGCCAGCAGUCAAGUUGGUUUCAGGUCCACCCCUUGCUUCUAAACCCUCUGUUGGAACAAAAGCUUUCUGUAGUGAAGAAGCACUUGUUUUAGAUUCAACUUCAUCAUUAACAUCCGAUCUACCAAAACCCUCAGUGUAUCAGAAGCCAUGUGUUUUUACUCCUGCCACAUAUACUAUGGCUAUUGCAGCAUCAACAUUAUCUAGUUCAAACCAAAACACAAAACCUCCACCCCCCAUUCCUCCUAAGCCUACAUCCAUACCUGCUGGACUGGUUUUUAGUCACAAGCCAGGAGAAAACAUCAAACCACCACCUCCCCCUGUGGCACCAAAAGCAGCAACAUUGCCCAGGACAAAACAACCUCCAAAUGCUUUGUCCCUUAGCAUAACAAGACCUGUGGAGUCCAAGUUGGGUGUAUCAUCUCCAAAGUCCCCUCUAUCUCCAAGACACUCUAAAUGUCUACAAACAUAUGUAGUUAUCACUUUACCAUCUGAACUAGGUUCACCAACUGAGACUAUAACAGUCCAAGCACCAGUGAGGCGAGGCUCCAUCCCAUCUUCGACAGUGUCUGUUGAACAAACCAUCUUAUCAGAGCAUAAAACACCUGCUGAGGUGUUUACAGCACAGGCUACAGUUAGGAGGACCUCUGUUCCUUCUGUAAAACAUCCACCUUCAAAUACUGUGGCCCCAAAUGUGGCAAUGGAGCAAGUAACAAACACUAAUGAAAUGGAGGUGAAAUUGCAAGCAAGGACAAAGCCACUAUCCUCUGCUGUGCAGCCACAACUGCCUUCAGUUAACAUUGCAUCAAGGUCAUCACCUCAAGACAACUCGAUUCAAGCACACCGUGUACCUUCUCCAAUAAAGAGACCAUAUGCACAGCAAGAACUGACAGGUACUUCACCAUUAUCAACUCCCCAAACAGUAUCAGAGGUCAUCACAAUGCCAGCAGAUCCAGAUGUUUUUCAUCAACCACAAAUAUGCCAAGAAUCUUCAAAAAGGGAGCCUACACCACUUUAUCCUCAAGAGUCAAGUACAGUGAAAGAAACUGAAACUAUACCUCAGUUAAACCUACGGGAAGAGGUAUAUUCUCAGACAGCAAAACUAAUGGCAGCUGUGCAGCCACAGUCUCUGACAAAAGUUGUUACUGUACCACUGCAGCCAUCAGGACAUUUAGACACUCCAGUUUUGCAGAGUGAUGCAGAUCAAGGAGACAAAAAUGUUGGUUCUCCUGAAAUUCUAUUACAAAAACAAUUCACAACAGAAAAUCAGGAUAUACCUACUCAUGUGAUUGUUACAGAAGACAUUCAAGUAAGAUACCAAGUACAAGAGGAUACCCACAUACUCACAGAAAAGUCCCAAACAAUAUGUUUAGAACUGGCAAAACCCACACAGCCAGAAGUGAUAACUGUUGGUAACAAUGCUAGCACAAUUUCUGAUUUUUCAUUUGCACCCCAAUUUCUUCAGUCAUUUGAAAAUCAAUCUAUAGUCCCUGAGCAAGUUUGCACUCAGCAAUCAAAUCUACUUUCAGAUGAAGUAUUGCUCCUUACUGACGCUGAAAUACCCACACGGGCCAUUUCAACUGACUCUAGCCCUGAAGCAUUAGAGGUAGCAGUGGUACAUACAGCAUCUCAUCCUCAAAAUGUUGUAGCUGAAAUUACACCAACACCUUUUGUGACUGAGUUAUUGACUCAGCCUAAAUUUGAUCAGGUAAUGACUCCAACAACCACUGAAAUAGCCCCAACAUCUCUCACCAUGGAAGUACAACAAGAUUCAAGACGUCCAAGUGGGGAUUCUUUUAUUUAUAUUGCAGAUGAUAACAAAAUGAUUCCAUUGUCGAUGAUGUCCCAUGCAGUACCACUGCGAGAGGUCAUAACAAUGACGCCUGAACUUGAAAUGCCCACAAAGCUCACAACAAACGAAACUGACCUAGGAACAGCUUCAAUGCCAUCAUCUGAGGGGCUGCCUCAGACUGUGGUAGAUAUGCCAGUACUUAAACAUGAGGAGACUACCUAUACUAGGAGGACAUCAAUUUCAUCUGCGGUACAACCAUCAUACAUAUUGUCUGAUGGAUCUGCCUGCCCUGCUGAAUAUGAAAUGCCUAUUCAAGUUAUUACCACUGAAGCCUUUGCAGCAAACAGGAGAGAAUCCUUAACAAUGCAACCACCAUUAGCUUUUGCACAAGUACCAAAUAUAGCUGCAGAGAAAGAUUUCCUUAUAGAUAACUAUACUUCCCAAGUUCCUUACAUCAGUGAAACUGUUCCUAAUCCUGAUCAUGAACUACAGGAAUUAAGAUAUUCUGUUGAAUAUGAUCACCCUGCAGAGAUAAUGACUACUGAGGCAUAUGCCAGGAGAACCUCAGUGCCCCCUGUGCGGGAAAUUUCACAGGGUGUACCUGUGGCUCCAGUUACAAUUACUAAAAUUCAACAAGAAUCAAUAGAAAGUCAAGAGAUCAGAGGACCGGAAAAGGUUGUCUCAAGUAUGAGUCAUGUGUAUUCUUCAAUUUCUACCUCAGCACAACCUCCUAAAAGUUUACCAAGCAUGGUUACUCAAGUGGUUACCACAGAAGUCCAAAGGACCACAGUUUCUGUUGUGCAUGAGAGACUUCCACAGGCUCCCCCAUCAAGUGUAGAAAUUACAAUACAACCAGACUUUUCAAAAGUCCAAUUUUUGUCCAAACAAAAUGGCAAGACAUUCUAUCCUGGUGAUGUCAUUGAUUUACGAACUGUUAAGGAUGGCAUAAAGAUGACAGAGCAAGGCAUGGACCUAACUUCUGAGUCAGAUUGGCAGUCUUUUUCAAGUGACUCAAGUGGACGUCAAAUCACAGCUGUUCAGCCUGAGAUAGUAAAUCUAAGUGCAGAGGUUACUCCUGUAACAACUCUCUCUGUUGUCACAGACAGCAUCACAAUAGUUACGUGCACGGCUACUGUUGCUUCAUAUAAUACCCCAGCAGAAAAACCACUUGAUUUGCAAGGUCCUGUUACCUCAUUACCUCUGCCUCUUACCACAUACAAACCAUUUGAACCAUUAGCACAGAUUGUGUAUAGGCCUGUAAAGCCUCAGCCUAUUGUAAAAGCUGUACUAUCUACAGACCAGGAGACUCCCAUCAAUCUAUCUUUUGAAAAUCUUGUUUCCAGUGGAGGAAAACUGCCGGAAAUGUCUGCUCCUAUUAGUGUUAGCAGUGAAGGUAUUAUUACCUUCGAGGCAACAGGAGCCAUGGAUUUGUCAAAAUACAGACCAAGGAGAAGUUUGGUGGCUAUAUCUGAUACAAGUCCAGGAGUGGUGACCACUGUUUUAGAGGAUGAUGGAAUUCCAGUGGACCUUACAGCUAACAGUAGGAGUGUUUGCUGUGACGUGAUAUACAAGUUACCAUUUACAGGAAUCUGCAAAACGCAACCUGCUGUUACUACCCAGCCUGACAGCAAUUUUGGAAACAGAGAUGACCAUUUUCAAAAUGUUAAUGCUGGACUAUAUAGCAUUAAUGGAACUUAUGGUAUCAAAGCACCAGUCUCUGAAAUAAAUCUUACACCUGGAGGAAGAUCUCUGCGUGAUCUCAAGAAUAAUUACGACUACAUUGGCAGAUCUUCGGACGAUGCUGUAGACCUUACUGCUGCCAAAUUUUCUACUGGUGAAGCUCUGGACUACACUAGCAAAGCUGCCAGAGUCCACACUUCAACAAUCCCUGCAACAUACUCCCAGGAUCCCACUGAUGGCUUUUGUGUAAACAGUACCCUCAAAGCCUCUGAUGGACUAGUUUAUUCUUCAGUAGCUGCACCUGUUCUCUCUACUUGUGCAAUUACAACUCAGCCAGGUUCCAUCUUUAGUGCUACCUUGACACCUACAUCAACAGUUCAUUACCACUCACUAUUAAAUCCAUAUGACUUUAUUCCUGUUGCAAACCCAGGACAGAUUAUACCUUAUGAUACAGGUCUACCUAAGGAGCUUUUACCAACAGCUUUAGCUGAUAUCCUAACCGGCUAUCCAGAAAUGUAUUCAGACACAACAUUAGAGGCAAUAGCUGCUUCACUAGAUGCGCUAGCAUCUUCCUCAAUGUUCCCAGGAUUAGAUAACACCAAGAUGGCCCAGUACCAAAUGGAGAGGGAAUUUCUAGAACUAGAGAAGCUUAAACAGCUAUGCCUUGCUGAGGAAUUAGAAUGGGAAAGGCAAGAAAUCCAGCGAUACCGGGAACAAGAACAACUAAUGGUCCAAAGGGAGCUUGAGGAACUUCAGGCUCUGAAACAGCAACUUCUUCUGCAGCAGGAAGAGGAGCACCAUGCUCACAUGAUGGCCCAACAGGAGACCUAUGCUCAGCAAAAAGAACAAUUGCAGCAAAUCCAACAACUUCAGUUGCAACUCCAGCGGCAAUUAGAUGAACACUAUGGUACCACUACUAAAACAAAUCUUUUAGAAGCUAAAUAUGCAGGAGUAGGAGAUAGUGGUCAGUAUUGGCCUGUCAAAGACGAGUCUACAGCUCCAACUUCAGGAUCACUUGCAGAGGACAACCAGUUUAGCCAAGUGAAGCUUCAAACUAGUCAAAACACUGUAAAGAAAAUACCUGAUAGUGGAUUGCAGACAGAUGAUGAAGACUCUGGAGAGAAGCAACAUGUCGGAAGAAGAAAGAAGAGUAAGAGAAAUAUUGAUACCUCAGCUCAAACUGAUGAUGAGGAAGAUCAAGAUGAGUGGGAUGCCCCCACCAAAUCCCGGCGACGAAUUCGAAAGCACAGCAGUGAUGGAAAACAUGGCUCUAAGGUGUCAAGUAUUGCAAUCCAGACUGUGGCAGAGAUAUCUGUCCAGACUGACCACUCUGGGACUAUCAAACGACCCAAUGUACAAAUGGACACCAAAGUAGAAAUUAUCAAGCAUAUAUCAGCUCCAGAAAACUCCCAUAAAGGUGGCAGUCUAAGCUGUCAGACAGAUUCAGACAGGAGACAAAUGCCCAUUGAAGUGGGCUACAGCACUCAACUAACAGCCGAAGUCCCCUCUAGGUCAAAAGUCCUUUAUUCUCAAGUCUCCCCCCUGUCUCCAGAGAAGUCAUAUGGAGGACAGAGAAUGCUUACUGCUGACCCAACAAGAUUUUCUUCUGCCCCCCGUAUAUUGAAAAGUGGUCAAAAGUCUCUCUCUGAUCCCAAGUCCCUUAGCACUUCCACAGAAGACAGGAUGGGUGGAUACUAUGCGGACAGCUACUCAAGCCGGGGCACUUCCUCUGGUACAGGUAAGAAAGUCAAGCGAACACUGCCAGAACCCCCUCCAGAAGAUGACCCUUUAUCAAGCAGGUCAAGCUACAGCACCAACUCUGCUCGUCGACGCCUGGCCCGUAGUACGACAAUGGCCCGAGCAAAGAUUUUGCAAGAUAUAGACAAAGAGCUUGACCUAGUGGAGAGAGAAUCCUCUAAACUUCGCAAGAAACAAGCUGAGCUAGAUGAGGAAGAAAAGGAGAUUGAUGCCAAGUUGCGGUAUUUGGAGAUGGGUAUAAACCGCAGGAAGGAGGUCUUAUUGAAGGAAAGAGAGAAGAGAGAGAGGGCCUAUCUCCAAGGGGUGGCAGAGGAAAGAGACUACAUGUCAGACAGUGAAAUUGGUAAUAUUAGAGAGACCAGGGGAGAUGGUCUUGAACGGCCACGGACUGCUCCCCAAUCAGAAUUUGACCAAUUUAUCCCUCCACAAACCGAGGCUGAUUCCCAGUACAAUACACUUACCAGUCCUUACUCUCCCUAUGGUCAGUAUGUUUCUCAGACUCCAACCACCAGCCAUUACUCUCAGCCAAGCGUAUAUCAGCAGCAGUCCCUUUACCAUCAACAAGUGUCUCCUUACCCAACGUUAUCACUCUCUCAUGGUCAACCUGGUAGCUACCAGCAUGCUCUACUGUUGCAGCAGGGAAAGCAUAGACAAACCACAAUGUCUGAUUUAGAGUCUAAAAUUACCUCCAACUAUGAAGUGAUACGCAACCAACCUCUGCUUAUUGUACCAUCCUCCACAGAGAGUGGCUAUGGGGUGGCUCAGUUGGGAAGCAAGUAUGGCAACCUAGACUUACGGGUAGGACUAGAGGAAAGAAGCAUGGCCUCUAGUCCCAUGUCCAGCAUAUCUGCUGAUUCCUUCUAUGCUGACAUUGACCACCACAAUGCUAGAAAUUAUGUACUGAUUGAGGACAUAGGUGAGCUUACAAAGACAUCAACAGGACUUGGCAAUACUGCCCUAGGUUCUGGAUUUUCCCUUCCCGAUAAGGAAUUAGCCAAGGCAGACCGACUACUCAGGGCAGCAGACAUCAGGCGCACAGCAGAGGUGGCGGAUUUUUUAGGCUCAUCUUGUUAUGGUAAAGGAGAAGAUGACCGUAUGGAAGAACCUUAUGAGCUGAAGCUGCUGAAGCAGCAAAUCAAACAAGAGUUCAGACGAGGAACUGAAGGACUAGAACAUUUAACCGGCCUGAGCUCAGCUCAGUAUGUCCAUAGUGAUAGCAGUUUUCGCCACUUCCCUAAAGGAGAAAAAUAUAGCAUUGGCAGACUUACUCUUGAAAAACAGGCUGCAAAACAACUUCCCGCAGCUAUGCUUUACCAGAAACAGAUGAAGAACAAAAAGGCCUUAAUAGACCCAAAGGCUAUCACAAAAUUUUCCCCAAUUCAGGAGAGUAGGGACCUUGAGCCGGAUUUUGGUAGCUACAUGGGAACCGGGACCUCCUCUGUGUCUAGUCUGGCAGCUAGGGCUAGGCUACUACAGGAUGAAAUUACUUUUGGACUAAGAAAAAACUUGUCUGAACAUCAAAAGUAUUUGGGCUCUUCACUUGGGGCCAACCUUUCUGGUUCUCUAAACCUUGGACACUCUCUUGGUCUGGGAUCCAAUAUUAGGAGCAUUGCUCAGGAUGAUGGUACGUAUCCAAGUGGAACACGUUCUCGUCCCUCCUCUCGACCUUCGUCCCGCCCUUCCUCUGUCUAUGGUUUGGAUUUAUCUAUCAAGAGAGACCUGUCCAGUUCCUCACUUAGACUGAAAACAGACAGUGAGACUUUGGAGACAGCCUUUGCUCCUGGAGUCACAAGAGCAAAGCCUACCAGUUUACCUAUCAGCCAAAGCCGGGGUCGUAUCCCCAUCAUUGCUCAGAACUCUGAGGAGGAAAGCCCUCUGAGCCCAGUGGGGCAGCCAAUGGGUAUGGCUCGAGCUUCUGCAGGUCCUCUCCCACCCAUAUCUGCAGACUCAAGGGAUCAAUUUGGGUCUAGCCAUUCUCUUCCAGAAGUACAGCAACACAUGAGGGAAGAAUCUCGGACACGUGGCUAUGAUCGAGACAUUGCAUUCAUCAUGGAUGACCUGCAAGGCGCCAUGUCUGAUAGUGAAGCUGGAGGCCAAAACUGGAAUAUAGAAGCCUAUCAUCUGCGAAGAGAGGACACAGACUGGUUUGACAAACCAAGGGAAGGACAUCCUCAAAGCGGACACAUGUCAGAUCCCAGACAGGUUAAACUGGUUCCCUAUGCUUUCCCUCACACUCGCAUCAAGCUUAAGAGAGACAUGAAAGACACCAGUGUAUCAGGAAAUGGACUAGGGAUCCGUGUGGUGGGGGGGAAGCAGAUUCCGGGAUGUCGUGGAGAGAUUGGAGCCUACAUUGCGAAUGUUAUCCCUGGUGGUGCGGCAGAACAGAUGGGAAAAGUUGUCGAAGGAAUGCAGGUGCUGGAGUGGAAUGGAGUCCCUUUAACAGGAAAAACUUAUGAAGAGGUGCAAUGCAUCAUGGGUCAGCCAUGUGCAGAGGCGGAGCUCUGUCUGAGACUUGACCUAAACAUGCUGUCUGACCCUGAGCAACCACAAGCCCUGGAGUAUCACAUCCAGCUAAAGACAGGUGGUCAGCGUUCCCCAGGGGUUGAUCCUAAGCAGCUGGCUGCAGAGCUGCAGAAGGUGUCACAGCAACAAGGCCCUGGCAUGACUGGGACUGGACCAGGGGGGUUAGGAGUCCUCUCUGCCCUGGAGCGUUCUGCCCUUCUCCACUCUGGUCCCGGGUCAGCUGCCUCCAGUGGGGUCCCAAGCCCAGGCCAGCCUGCAUCUCCUGCUAUCAACAAAAAACAGCGACACAAGGCAACGGAUGAGACAAAGGCACGAUAUCCCAUCACUGGUGAAAUUCAGCUCCAAAUCAACUAUGACAGAAACUUAGGAAAUCUGAUCGUCCAUGUCCUGCAGGCCAGAAACCUGGCCCCCCGGGAGCACGACGGUUACUCUGACCCUUUUGUGAAGGUCUACCUUUUACCUGGCAGAGGCCAAGUCAUGGUAGUCCAGAAUGCAAGUGCCGAUAACAAAAGACGGACCAAGUAUGCUCAGAAGACUGUGAACCCUGAAUGGAACCAGACUGUUAUCUACAAAAACAUUCAUUUGGAGCAGCUAAAGAAAAAGACUCUGGAGGUGACUGUGUGGGACUACGACAGAUCUUCCUCCAACGACUUUCUUGGAGAAGUUCUGAUCGACUUGUCAAACACAGCUCAGCUGGACAACACACCCCGCUGGUUGCCUCUGAAGGAGCAGAGUGAAAGCAUUGAACACAGCAGAGCCUACCAUGCCACUCAAGCUCCACCAGGCUCUGGUGCAGGUCAGGGACACAGCCAAGGCCAUUCGUCAGGGUCUGGGCAGGGGCAUGGAGUGGGAGAGGGUCAAACUAUGGGGCAGGGAGACGGGAUUUACGACUCACCCAAAAAUUCUGUAAUCAAGAGUAGAAGCCAUGGAAUCUUCCCUGACCCGGCCAAAGACAUGCAAAUGAUGCCUUUGGAAAAGUCACACAGCAGCCCAGGCAGCUCCAAGUCUUCCUCUGAUGGUCAGCUGCGCUCCCAUGGCCCCUCCCGGAGCCAAAGCAAGAGCAGUGUCACUCAGGCCCACCUCGAGGAUGCUGGGAUAGCUAUUGCUGCCGCAGAAGCUGCGGUGCAGCAGUCCCGCCUGCAACCAAGACCAGGACACCGGCUGGGUGACGUCUCAGGAUCAGUGGUACUGUCCGCUCCAAGUCUUGUAGGAGACACCUAUGGAGAUUUGGAUGGGGAUGAAGAGGCAGGCACCGGGGUGGACAGUGCCAUUUUUCAAGUGCCACACAUUGGCAAAACCAUUCCCAACGGUACAGACAAAAACCAACAAAUCACUCCAGAAAAUGAAGGUGGUAAAACACAAGUGAUGGGGGAAAUCAAAGUUGCUCUCAAGAAAGAGGUGAAGACAGAAGGGGACCAACUUGUCUUGGAGAUCCUUCAAUGCAGAAACAUAACUUACAAGUUUAAAAGUCCGGAUCACCUGCCAGACUUAUAUGUGAAGUUGUAUGUGGUGAACGUGGCCACUCAAAAGAGGAUCAUUAAGAAGAAGACAAGAGUUUGUCGACAUGACAGGGAGCCAUCCUUCAAUGAGACCUUUAGAUUUCCUCUCAAUCCAACCGGACAUGCCAUACAGCUUUUCCUGGUGUCAAAUGGUGGGAAGUUUGUGAAGAAAACCUUGAUUGGAGAAGCUUACAUCUGGCUUGACAAGGUGGACAUGAGGAAGAGAGUGGUCAGCUGGCACAAGCUGUUUGUCAGUUCCACUCAAACCAACCCUUGAGCUCCAACACCAGACGGAGGUUGCAGAGUGGAUGACGGUGAAAGCAGACACAGGAAAUUUUAUCACGAUGGCAUUGCAAUUGCAUGACUCCAACACUGCCAGCACACAGCAACCUCUUACCACAUAUCCACUUUGUAUCGACUUUGCUCGGAUGUCAACAUGCAAACACCAAGGAAAGUGAUGACAGAUGUGAUGAUUCUGUUUCCUAUAGUGGCUCUAAUUCCACCAAACAUUAUUGUUUUGAUGCUGCAUGACCGAUCUAACAUAUCUGUGAAGGAAAAAUGGAAAAAUAAGAAACAAAAGUCAAUCACUUAUGUAUGUAACCCAUACAAGAAGCACUGUUGUGAUUUUUGUGGACAUCAGUGGUCUUGGUAUAUUUAAGCAUAAUGAAAACGAAGAAGAAUUUUUGUAUUAUAGUUUUGUUUCUUUUGAAGUAUUAUGGGAAAAAAUGGCAGAACUCAGCCAGUCUUAGCAAAGAAAUAAAGAUUAAAUGUACAGCGCUGACUGUAGAUAUCCCACGUGGAGAUAACAGAGCAUAUCAAUGAACUGUACAGUGUGAUAUUUAUAUAGAAUAAAAAGAAAUGAGAUGCAAAAUAUAUCUAGAUACAAUAUAGAGUAUAGGACUUGUCAAUAGAUUAUAUAGUAGAAGAUAUGGAAAAUGUUAUUGAGGCUGUGGAUGGUGCACCGACAAUCCAGAAAACGAUGGGAUUAGCAGUCCUUCUAUCUGUGUAGUGUAUGUGGACCUAUGUGAGUUCAAGGUUGGUCAUAAUCAUGUCCAAUUGCUCCUUUGUCUUUUUCGAUCACACCAAUCCUCCCUCUCAAUGAGCAAAAAUGAACAUUCAGAGACAGAUGAGUAUGAGUAAAUGUGGGGGAUUACAAGAAUGAACAGCAACUUGUGUAGAGAAACCCAAAGCACAUGCUGUGUUGAAUGUCCAGAAUGACAAACAGUCACAUCAUCAACAUGUUCAAAGCCAGGUGUUUCUUUAUGUGGGGCCCUUUGUGUUAUGGCAUUGUUGCUGAAAGCAUGUAACUCUCAGAAGUCGUUUCAAAACCAUGUGUAGUCCCGCAGCUGUUGUCGGUGUGACAGCCCUGCUGUCUGUGUGUUAGUGUUGCCCUCUGGUCUCUGUUUUACCUGGAAAAACUUUCAAAAGCUAAAUAAGAAAAAAAAAA